GUUUUAUUUAAUUAGUAGAUGAACUCGGCUAAGACUUCGAGGAAAAAAGGAAAAAGGAAAAAAGAAAAAAAAGAAAAAUGUGUUCGUUAAUGGUUUUGGGACGUUGAGCGAGUUUAGUGUGGUGCUGAUAUUUCAUAGUUCUGACCCGGUCUCUGCACUGUUUUUUUUUAAUUUAUUUUUAUUUUAUUUCGUGUUGGGUCGAGAAGUGAAAUUGUUGACAAAUUGGAAUGAUUUUUUCUCUUUAUUCUUUUAUAGCGGAUUGUGGAUGUUUAUAUAUUUUCUUAUCUCUGCCUUUUGCUGUAUUCCUUUCAGCGGAUUUAAUUUCUAGCUUUUGUCUAUCGCGCGUCUUCUCAUUGGGAGCGCUCUUGGGUGGAGGCUGCGCGUCAAACCGGAUCUAUUCGCAACCCUCAUCGGAUUCCGUUUACCCCAAGCAGGGAUAUUAUUAUUAUUACAAUAAUAAUCUAAUCUGGGUACCUAGCUGACUGUAAAUACGCAUCGACCCUUCUUUACCCGUGCUAUCGCGGCCACCAUCCUUCCCCCGUUCUAACAAACCCUUCUCUCAUCUUCCAUUCCCUCCUUUUAGAUUUGAGAUUUUAGGAAGAAGAAGAAGAAGAAGAAGAGAAGAGAAGAGAAGAGAAGAGAGGAGGGAGAAAGAGAGGGGGGAGAGGGGGUAACGAUGAGGCCGAUAUUGAUGAAGGGGCAUGAGCGGCCCCUGACGUUUCUGAGGUACAACAGGGAGGGGGAUCUUCAGUGUUACGUAUCUGGGACUCCUGAGACCGGAAAGCUUUUCAAGGAAGCAGGCAAGGAUUCCGGCCAUCAGAAAACAAUAACUCCACUAUCAAAAUCUGGAGAUGGUUCUCAUUUCCUCACAGGCUCCCUGGAGAAAACCGCGAAGCUGCGGGAUGCGAGGACGCUGACUCUUCUGAAGACGUAUGCGACUGAGCGCCCUGUCAAUGCUGGAGCAAUAUCUCGCCUCCUUGAUCAUUUACGCACCCAUACAUUUUAACCUUGUUAUUUUCUGCUUUGGAGCAUUUGAUUGUCACGCCAAUCUUCUGUAAGAUCUUUGUUGACAAUUUAAGAAUUACAUGAGAAUCAAACCAAAUGAAAAAAAAAAAGAGAAAUAGUUCAGUGUUGUUCUGUUUAACUGAUUGGUUGAAACAUCCCUCGGAGAUAGGCUUCAUCAGUAAAUGAAUCAUAAAAAUUCAUUCGUCUGGUUAAGAAAGGUUACGGUUCAUCUUGAUAACAUAGCCUAUUGACCGUGUGGAGUGAAUUCGUGCAUCUAUAUUCUGAUUCAUCUGGUUGCUCUCCGGAGCAAACAAAAGAUGAAAAACUUUUAGUGUCUCUGUUGGGAGACCAUGUGGCAACUUUUAAAUGUCAUUCAAUUCUGCAUGUUACGAAUCUACUCCUUUAUGGCUAUGCAAGCCUGAUAUAUUGCAGUUUUAAAUCAGCUUAUUGCUCAUGUGCGCUGCAAACUAGUAUGUCAUUUUGCUCAGCUGACCUCUCUUGUACGCAUUGUUACUACUUUUUCACGUGAACCAAGUUCUCUAUUAUUUACCUCGGCUUCUUCUAUAAUUUUCUCUUAUCUUGUGAUUGGAGGUGGUCAAGAGGCCUCACAUGUCACGUCAACUGAUCGUCGUGCAGGUAAAUUGGAGGCCAAGUUUUUUCACAAGGUGAGCCUUUUCUUCUUUCUUUCUUUUUUUCUCUCUUUAUUUACAUCUGUAGGAUUUGCUUAAAUCUUCAAGGUAUUGAGUCUCAACUUUCAUGCAUUUGAGAAAACAUUGGAAAGUACACCUUGUGUUUUAUGACUAAAACAGAUCCUGCAAGAAGAAAUUGGGCGUGUGAAGGGCCAUUUUUGGACCAAUAAAUGCUUUGGCAUUUAAUCCUGAUGCAAGAAGGUUCUUUCUCUCAUUCUUUUCUUUGCUUAUAGGAGAUGUAAUAUAAAUUUCUUCAUCAACAAAAAGACUUGAAUUUCUGAACGCAUCAUAACUAUAUAUUUGUGUGUCAGUCUCUUUUGGCUACCAAUGGAUUCUGGUUUUGCAUUAGUGGCUCAAUGAUUAUAGCCAAUUAUAUUGGCAAUAUACGCUAUUCUGAGAAUGUUUAAAUACUUAUGCGGACAAUUGAGAAUAUGAGAGCUACUUGCCAUUUUUCUUGUCAAAGUUUAUUGUUUUGAGAGGGUUUAUUGGCAAUAUUAUGCUAUUCAGUUUUAGUUAUAUUCCAAGGUGUCAUUGAUGUGGAUUUUUGAGAUAUUCUAAAUUGGAUUUUUCUUGCUUCUAUAUGUUUACUUGUCAUGUAAUGUUGUAUGUCUUUCGACAGUUUUAGUGCGGCGGACUUUAUUAUAGCAAGCUGAUAUUAUCAUUCUGUGAACUUAGCUGUCAUUUCUUGUGAAACUGAAGCUUUAAAAGUAGUAAGCAGGUUGAUUUUGCCGUUGCUUAUGUUUCUUCACAUUAACCUGUAGCCAAUUUUAUUGGCAAUAAAUGCUAUUCUGAUAAAGUUUUAUAAGUCUUAUGCUGACAAUUGAGAAUAUGAGAGCUACUUCACCUUUUUCGCAAAGUUUCUGUAGUUUGAGAUGAUAUAGUGCCUUUACUACAUUAUCAGUUUUAGUUAUCUUGUUAGUUGUGAAUGAUAGGGAUUUUUAAGAUAUCCUGAAUUGGAUUUUGAAAGCGCCAAUAUUUUUAUUCACUUACCUUGUAAUGCUGUUUUUUUUUUCCUUUUUCUUUUUCUGAUUUUUCGCACCACAAGUUCUGUUGGUUGCUGAAAUUUAGAGUGUUUCAAUUUUAUUUUUGUAGAAUCCAUUUUCUGCCUCUAACAUUCCAAUUCUUUUCGAUAACUUUUCGAGUGGUGGCGAAGAUGGUUAUGUUCCGCUGCAUUACUUUGACCCCGACUAUUUCAACAUCAAGAUGUAGCUCUGGCUCACGAUCCUUCUGACUUGCAGAUGACAUUUAGUCAAUAUUUUUCUCUGAAUUUUGAAUUGCAGCCUUUCCUUCAGGUGGAGUGAGAAUGCAAAUGACAUUCUGUAUUAGUUUUGCAGCAGCAAGCACUCAAGUGAAAAUCGGUCGCUUUCGAUGAACUUUUUGCCGCAAUAUUCUUAUAUUAUGCAUUAAGCCCUGUUCAUUGGUCUUUGUUAAAUAUUGUCCAUAACCGACUGUUUCUAGAGCAAGUGGCAAAGGAUUUGGUGGUUGGUAUCCGAGACCCAAGUUCGAAUGCUAGUUGAUUCACAUUUUCAGCUAAGUUUAUUUCUAAAUGACCAUGCUACCUAUCUCUCUCAAAAAAAAAAAAAAAAAAAAAGUUAAAUAUUGUACAUGUAAAGAAUUUGUAGUGAAUUUUCAUUGUGUAUUUUGGUCAUGUUGCUUCUCAAAAUGUAUUGCAAGUGCCUGCGAUGAGUUUUUUAUCCAGAAGGAACAUCGACAAAUUGCAGCAUGCUACAUAGGGAGUAUUAUUUUAUUUUAUUUUAGUUUAUUUUUUAUAACUUGUGUAGUUAAAUUUUGUUUUUGCAUGUGAUUAUACCAGUGACAUAAUUUCCCUCAGUGUGAGGAUGUAAUUAACAUGGAAUUAGCUUUAUUUUCUUCUUUCUAUUAAACUCGCUGUACACGAGUAAGAUGAUGGUAAACAUUCGCAAAGAAGAUCUCAAUGGCAAAGCAAUUCCUAGU